CAGUAAAUCCAACACAUGCAUUUACCCCCUCCAGAUCUCGCCCGCCGUUUGGCGAUGGCGAUUACCAAGGGCGAUACCUCGAUGGUUCAUUCUCUUAUCAUGCAGAAAUCUCCCUCGUUCAACUGGACUGGCGGACCUCUCGAUGAAGAGAAGCGCACUAGUGCCAUGAACAUGGCAGCCCAUCGCGGUCAUUCUAAAAUUCUCGAAUUGUUAUCACAGGUUGAACCCCGCGCCAACCUUGCCGCCAACGAUCCCAACGACAAUGGCAUGACCCCUCUGCAUUGCGCUUGCCGAGGUGGUUUCCCCAUCAUGGUCCGCUGGCUACUCCAAUUUGACACCGUUAAGGCUGCAGUCGACAAGAAAGACAACGAAGGCCGGACUCCUCUCUCGUAUGCCGCCCAGGUUGGAUUCGAGCGUACGGUCCGGUCGCUCCUCAAGUUCGAUGCUGUCGACCCAUUUUCAUACGAUCAUCGGGAAAAAACGCCUUAUGACUAUGCUGUUAAUGGCGGGCAUAGAUACGUGGCCAAAAUGAUCCAUAAUAAGAAGGAUACCCGAAACCAAGUACGCUGGUAAUUGCUACAAGGGACGACUGUACUUUAAUUACAAGCGAUAAUGCUACAUCCACGUUUAUUGUGCCCUGGGCCUCCUAAGUCUUGGGAAACAAAAAUACAAUCUUUCCUCUAGUCCCUUUCUGCUAAUACUUCUUCAUG